UCAAUUGCUCAGGUCUUCGAUAUUAUGAAAUUUCAAUUUUCUGGUGAGCAUAAGAGAAUAGCUAUCCUUAAGAUAACUCUAAUUUCUUUUUUUCCUUUGUUUUCUUCUCACGUCCAUCCAACCAAACAGAGGAUAACAGAAGGCAUUGAGCAGUUUCAAAAGCUCCCCUAUUGUAUCAAUGGAAUUUGUGACCAAUCCAAUACUAUUCUCAGCUUUAGCUCUAAUCCCAUGUCUACUGAUAUUCCCGCUCCUUAUUACAAAAUUGAAGAGAGGAGAACAGAGAGAAAAUAAGUUGAAGUACCAUCCAAUUGGUGGCACUGUCUUUAAUCAGCUCCUCAACUUCAAUAAAUUGCAUCAUUACAUGACUGAUCUUGCAGCCAAGUACAGGACGUACAGGCUUAUCAGCCCUUUCAGAAAUGAAAUUUACACUUCUGACCCAGUCAAUGUUGAGUAUAUACUCAAAACUAACUUCCAGAACUAUGGCAAGGGGGAGUAUAAUUACAACAAUUUAAGGGACUUACUAGGUGAUGGGAUUUUCACAGUUGAUGGUGAGAAAUGGCGCCAACAAAGAAAGGUUUCGAGCUAUGAGUUCUCCACGAGGGUGUUGAGGGACUUCAGUAGUAUUAUCUUCAGAGAGAAUGUGGUAAAACUUGCUGGUGUAGUGUCUGAAGCUGCAAAAUCCAACCAGUCAAUGGAUAUACAAGACCUGUUUAUGAAAUCAACCUUGGACUCAAUAUUCAAAGUUGUAUUUGGAGUUGAGCUGGAUAGCAUGUGUGGAUCAAAUGAAGAAGGCAUCAUCUUUAGCAAUGCCUUUGACAAUGCAAGUGCAAUGACCCUUUGGCGAUAUGUUGAUAUCUUCUGGAAGAUUAAAAGGUUUCUGAAUAUUGGUUCUGAAGCUGAGUUAAAGAAAAAUGUCAAAGUGGUUGAUGAUUUCGUGUAUAAAUUAAUCAGUAGUAAAAUUGAACAAGUGCACAACUUCAACAAUGAUAUCUCUAUUCAGGCAAAGAAAGAUGAUAUUUUAUCAAGGUUCCUGCAAGUGAGUGAGACUGAUAUGACAUAUAUAAGAGAUAUCAUUCUUAACUUUGUGAUUGCUGGCAAAGACACGACCGCAGCCACUCUAUCUUGGUUCAUCUAUGUGCUCUGCCAACAUCCUGUUGUGCAGGAAAAGGUUGCAAAAGAAAUACGAGAAGUUUCUAAAGUGAAAGAAAUUAUGAACUUUGCCGAAUUUGCAGCUAGUAUUGAUGAGGAAGCUCUAGCAAAGAUGAGUUAUCUCCAUGCAGCUAUAACUGAAACACUCAGACUCUAUCCAGCAGUGCCAGUGGAUGCAAAGAUUUGCCUGUCUGAUGAUACUCUGCCAGAUGGUUUUAGUGUGAAGAAAGGGGAUAUGGUGUCUUACCAACCUUAUGCAAUGGGCAGGAUGAAAUUCAUUUGGGGUGAUGAUGCCGAGGUAUAUAAACCAGAGAGAUGGUUGAAUGACGAUGGAGUGUUUCAGCAAGAGAGCCCUUUCAAGUUUACUGCCUUCCAGGCAGGACCACGAAUUUGUCUAGGGAAGGAAUUUGCUUAUAGGCAAAUGAAAAUUUUCUCAGCUGUGUUGUUGGGUUGUUUCAUUUUCAAGCUCCGUGACGAAAAGAAAGCUGUCAACUACCGAACAAUGAUUAAUCUGCACAUUGCUGGCGGUCUCCAUGUUCACUCAUUCUACAGAUAUAAAACAUAAUAUUACCAAAGACUGCAGCAUAUGAGCUUUUCACUGUAAGUUUCUAAGAAAAGUUGUGACAAUGUUGUGGAGGUAUUCUGAAAUAAAUGCUGUUUUUAUGUGUAUUUAUAAUAUAGAUGAAUCUUAAUAAUUCAA